GCCAACGCAAAAAAUAGACACGGUACAAGCAGAAGCAAAAAUGGCAGACGCUAGCGAUUUCGAAAACUCUUUCCAUCUUGAGCUUGAUUUAUCCGAUCUUUCGGACUUUUCUGAUGAAGAAUUUAAUCGAUUUAAUCGAUUUGGAUGAUGUUACGGCUGCAGUCGAGGAGGAAAGUGGGAAAGUGUGGUGUCUACAAAACAAAGACCAAAAACCUAAUACCUAAAACAUGUGACCCCAAAAGCUACGACCCACCAAAAAUUGCUGUUAUUAUUUAGUCUACCUUGUUUCUUAAAUGGCUACACAGCGCGAAAGUUUCAUAUGGAAUCAGUGAUCCUAAUGAGGAGUCUCCGAAAUACCCAAAGAAAGGACGUCAUCGAAUCAUCACUGUUCUCGACCUUACUUUGACACUGUCGCGCUUAUAAUUGUUUACCACUACCCUUAUUACGAAAGUUUCCCGCUUCUUCGAUCAUUUUACGAGAAUGGCUUCGACAGAAUCAUCGUGUGCGGUCCGGAAGCGAACGAUAAGUUCAAAGUGAUGCAAGUCAGUCACGAGAAAGGCUACUGGGGCUACGAGUGCCUUGCGAAGGCAGCCCGAUUAUACUCGAACUACGAGGGGUAUUUGCAAAUUCAUGACGACGCCCUAUUCCUUUGGUGGAAUGUCAAAGGCACAGACAAAAACAAGAUGUGGUUGUUUGGAGACGACGUUAAAUUCGAAAAUGGGAUACUUUGAGGUCCAACACCUACAGAUUGGCAUUGGUGGAGAACGGCGAAUAUCCUUACAAGAACUGCCGAUGCUUUUAAUGAACUACGGAAUUCUCCGUUCUCAUGGGUCAACCAAAGCUUUUCUAACUUUUAUAACAAUAGUGGGGGAAGAGAUUCGAUACCAACAUCCAGAGCUGAUGUUUGGUACAUUCCUAGACGCCUGGCAAAGAAACUAAGCUACCUAUCCUCGGUCUUCUUCAAGCAUAAAGUCUUUUUAGAAGCUGCUGUACCAACCAUCAUGUGUUUUCUGGACCAUCUGUCCAAUGUGCAGAUUCGAGGAGGGCUUUUCUUGAGCACAAAAUAUGGUUAUGGAGAUAAAAGGGAUAGCGCAAUCUCGGUAUGGGAAAAUUUUCGCAGCAAUCUUCCGUUUAUACACCCGUUUAAGCUUCAUGGGGAUUCAACGGGUCUAAACAGGAAUAUACUGGCUGAGCUUAUCAUCCCAUAUGCCCGGAAACUUUGCAAUAAGACUGGUCCAGUAUAAUUGGGUUUGGCAAUAAGACUGGUCCAGUAUAAGUGGGUUUUGCAAUAAGACUGGUCCAGUACAAGUGGGUUUUGCAAUAAGACUGGUCCAGUAUAAGUGGGUUUUGCAAUAAGACUGGUCCAGUAUAAGUGGGUUUUGCAAUAAGACUGGUCCAGUAUAAGUGUGUUUUGCAAUAAGACUGGUCCAGUAUAAGUGGGUUUUGCAAUAAGACUGGUCCAGUAUAAGUGGGUUUUGCAAUUAGACUGGUCCAGUAUAAGUGGGUUUUGCAAUAAGACUGGUCCAAUAUAAGUGGGUUUUGCAAUAAGACUGGUCCAGUAUAAGUGGGUUUUGCAAUAAGACUGGUUCAGUAUAAGUGGGUUUUGCAAUAAGACUGGUCCAGUAUAAGUGGGUUUUGCAAUAAGACUUGUCCAGUAUAAGUGGGUUUUGCAAUAAGACUGGUCCAGUAUAAGUGGGUUUUGCAAUAAGACUGGUCCAGUAUAAGUGGGUUUUGCAAUAAGACUGGUCCAGUAUAAGUGGGUUUUGCAAUAAGACUUGUCCAGUAUAAGUGGGUUUUGCAAUAAGACUGGUCCAGUAUAAGUGGGUUUUGCAAUAAGACUGGUCCAGUAUAAGUGGGUUUUGCAAUAAGACUUGUCCAGUAUAAGUGGGUUUUGCAAUAAGACUGGUCCAAUAUAAGUGGGUUUUGCAAUAAGACUGAUCCAGUAUAAGUGGGUUUGGCAAUAAGACUGAUCCAGUAUAAGUGGGUUUGGCAAUAAGACUGGUCAAUUAUAAGUGGGUUUUGCAAUACGACUGGUCCAGUAUAAGUGGGUUUUGCAAUAAGACUGGUCCAGUAUAAGUGGGUUUGGCAAUAAGACUGGUCCAGUAUAAGUGGGUUUUGCAAUAAGACUGGUCCAGUAUAAGUGGGUUUUGCAAUAAGACUGGUCCAGUAUAAGUGGGUUUGGCAAUAAGACUGGUCCAGUAUAAGUGGGUUUUGCAAUAAGACUGGUCCAGUAUAAGUGGGUUUGGCAAUAAGACUGGUCAAUUAUAAGUGGGUUUUGCAAUAAGACUGGUCCAGUAUAAGUGGGUUUUGCAAUAAGACUGGUCCAGUAUAAGUGGGUUUGGCAAUAAGACUGGUCCAGUAUAAGUGGGUUUUGCAAUAAGACUGGUCCAAUAUAAGUGGGUUUUGCAAUAAGACUGGUCCAGUAUAAGUGGGUUUUGCAAUAAGACUGGUCCAGUAUAAGUGGGUUUUGCAAUAAGACUGGUCCAGUAUAAGUGGGUUUUGCAAUAAGACUUGUCCAGUAUUAGUGGGUUUUGCAAUAAGACUGGUCCAGUAUAAGUGGGUUUUGCAAUAAGACUGGUCCAGUAUAAGUGGGUUUUGCAAUAAGACUGGUCCAGUAUAAGUGGGUUUGGCAAUAAGACUGGUCCAGUAUAAGUGGGUUUUGCAAUAAGACUGGUCCAGUAUAAGUGGGGCUUAAGGUAUCAUUUGUAUCAUAUUUUAUUGAAGUGAGACAAUUGUGCUGUAUAUAGCAUAUAAAAUGUAUAACAUUG